AUGUCUCUCUAUGAAUGUUCCAGUUGUACAGAGCCCAUCCGUCCCGACCGGGCUCGCAUUCAAUGUCAAACCUGCACCGAUUACAAUCUCUGCACCAACUGUUUCGCCAUUCAAAAGACAUCACGUACACAUCUCCUCAGCCAUCCCACCGCCAUCAUCAAAACGAGCGGGACCAGCACCCCCACUGUUCCUCCCCCAGUUCCUCCUCGUCCUCUCCCGCUUCUCCCGCCGCGAAAAGAUACCCUCACCAACAUCACCGCCCCCAAUCUCCCGCCCAAAAAAGUCGAACUCCCAACCGCCAAUUGGGGUGCCCUGUGGGAUAUCGUGAAACCGAAUAAGAAACCGAAAAAUUCGAGCGGGGGCCCGAGAGAUCUCCUUUCGAUUCAACCACCCCCGAAUGACGACAGCUUUAGCAAUCACAAUAUAAGUUACUCAGAUUCUCCCCUCACUAAGUUACGACCGGAUUUACCCGCGCAAUUUUUUGAGGGAUCGUUGGAGGGGAAAAUCAAAUUGGAAGCCUUUACCAAUCCAUACGCUUCGCUGGCGCCCCCGAUGCCAUCGGAAUGGAGUCCCUUUUUCCAAAAGGAUGGAGCGUUUAAUGCGAUUUUUGUGGAUUUGAUGACGACCAUGUUUUUGUGUUUGGAUGUGGAGGGCACGAAUGAAUUGAGUCCGGAGGUGUGGAGUGCGUUCUUGGAGAUGCAGGGGGUUGGGAUGGAGAAUAAUAUCUGGCAAAAAACACUUUACACGACCGGGGGACCUCAAAAUCAAGAGAUUGCCGACCUCGAAUUGGGUAUUUUCUUCAAAACGCAUGAUAUUUCUCACACGCUCUCGGUACGCCAUGCAUCGAAUCUUCCGCCUCCGUCGCCGUCUCCUACGGCGGGAGAACGUAUUCGGAGAUCGAUUUCGCUCGGAGCAAACAUGCCGAUGUUGAGUCGGCAGGGGUUUAUAGAUGUCAUGGGUAUGGAAAUGCUGCAGGAUCCGGAUGAGGGACAUAGACGGUUGGAAGGGGUGGUGAGGGAUUACGAUAUUUGGAAACCAUUGGGGGAUGUACCCCGGGAGUGUUUUCUGGAUGGGAAGAUUGAGGGAAGGGGGAAGAGAAGGAGUUUAUUGGAGAUGAGUGAGGAGAAGGAGGAGGUGGAGAGGAAGAUUAUGGAGGGAAUGUUUAGGGGCGUUGGAGCGGGGAAGAUUGGAGGAAGGAAUAGGAGUGAGGAGAAGGAGGAGAAGAGGAACAGAUCGAGAUCGAGAUCGAGCUCAAGAGAUAGUAGAAACACAGAUCUACCCGUGCCAGAAAGAUUCGCCUUUGACGCCAUGGAUGACGAAGAGCGAACUGGAGAUCGAAAAUCCCCCUUCUCUCAUAUCGAAGUCGAUGUCAUCCCCGAGGAUGAAUUCGAAGAUACUUACGAUGAGAUCAAUCGCAUCUUAACCGGGGAAGAUAUUGGUCCUACCGAUAUUAUCGGAGAGGCCAAGUAA